AUGUUGUUGUUGCAGAGGUUCACAGAUGGUUCCAGUCGUUCGACGCCACGUUCUUCGAGGAGCGUGCAGCGAUUGAACAUAUGCAUCAAUCUAGAUAUUUCUUUUUUUUCCUUUCUUUCUUUCUUUCUUUCUUUCUUUCUUUCUUUCUUUCUUAAUGUAUCCCUGAUUAGUUUUCUUUCUUUUCUUUUCUUUCCUUCUUUCUUUCUUUCUUUCUUUCUUUUUUUGCUUUCAUCAUAUCUUUCUCCUUUGCGUUCAUCAUUUCUUUCUUUCUUUCUUUCUUUCUUUGCUUUAAUCAUCUCUUUCUUCUUUCUUUCUUUCUUUCUUUCUUUCUUUCUUUCUUUCUUUCUUUCUUUCAGCCGGUCAGAAAUUUUCUUUCUUUCUUUCUUUCUUUCUUUCUUUCUUUCUUUCUUUCUUUCUCCUUUGCGUUCAUCAUUUCUUUCUUUCUUUCUUUCUUUCUUUCUUUGCUUUAAUCAUCUCCUUCUUUCUUUCUUUUCUUUCUUUCUUUCUUUCUUUCUUUCAGUCAUCCCAUUUUUAUCCAGACAAAUGUUCACCAAAAGCCGGUCAGAAAUUUUGUUUGUUUGUUUGUUUGUUUGUUUGUUUGUUUGUUUGUUUGUUUCUUUCUUUCUUUCUUUCUCCUUUGCGUUCAUCAUUUCUUUCUUUCUUUCUUUCUUUGCUUUAAUCAUCUCUUUCUUUCUUUCUUUCUUUCUUUCUUUCUUUCUUUCAGUCAUCCCAUUUUUAUCCUGA